AUGACGAGCAUCUUUCGAGUGGUUGUGAUCGGAGCAGGCGAAAUCAACUUUGGCUCGCCCGAAGGUCCCUGGAAUCACACUGCCAGAUUGGAGCGGAUCUUCAGCCAAAGCUUGACUGAGUUGCGCUUCGUAGCUCUUGUCGAUCCGAACUUCAGUCGUGCCGCUGAACGCAUUGAGGAGAAGAGGUCAUCUGACAAUGCUACAGUACGAUCGGCUUGGGACUCUACAAAGGCGUGCUCAACGAUCGCCGAGGCUGCAACCCUCAGUCAAGAUGUCGAUAUGAUGAUCCUUGGCUGUCCGCCGCACUUCAGGGGUACCUUUCAGCACAGAAAACGAGCAGACCUGGAAAUGCUCGAGUACUUUCCACACGCUAAAGCCUACCUUGUCGAGAAGCCUGUUGCGGCUGUCAAUCCAUUUGUCAGCAAAGACUGCGAUGAGGUUGCGUCACGUUUCGCUGCUGCUCCCGGUGCAGUUAGUGUUGGCUACAUGCUACGUUACAACAAGGCCAUCCUCAAGGUCCGCCGCAUUCUGAAAGAGAAUGGCUUGACACCUACAUGCGUCAGCGCGCGAUACUAUAUGGCCUACGAAUACGCCAGAAAGCUCGACUGGUGGAACAAGUCACGAUCUUGUGGACCUGUAGUCGAACAAGCCACACACUUUGUCGAUCUCAUCCGAUUCUUAGCUGGAGACAACAACGAUACUUUGCUGGACACUGUUCACGCAGCUACUGUCCGGCACGACGAACCCGUUGGCUCUUUGACGAAGCUGGGUUUUGAUGAGACAACUAUUCCGGAAGGGGAGAGGGUGCCGAGGGUCACAAGCGCUUUCUGGAAACAUGAAAAGGGUACAAUUGGUUCGCUCACUCACGGCAUCACUCUACACGGCACUACCUACGACACAGAGAUUGAAGUGCUCGCUGAUGGCUGGAUUCUUCGAGUGCGGAACGCAUACGAUGCAGUGACGACACUUGCAAUACGAGCUCCAGGCCAAGCCGAAGAGCAGAUUAUCAAGAUGGAAGAUGAUCCCUUCCUGACCGAGUUUCAGUGCCUGGUCCAAGCGAGUCAGCCCGCCGAAGCAAGCACUUUCACAACAGAUGUUGUGCCUUUGCGGCCUCUGAGCAGCUUUGCUGAUGCAUUGCAGACGUACAAGCUGUCGUGGAAAAUUCGGUUGGCCGCAGAGGCUAGCGCUGCAUGCUAG